UUAAAGAAUGUGACACCUAAAAUGAAGACGUAAAACCUAAAGUGACUAAAACUUACAUAAAACAAUGAAAUUUCCGAAACGCAUAGUGACAAAAAUACCACUACUGAUUAUAAUCGCAGUGAACUCUCUAAACGGUUCUGAAAACGUUACUAAUCCCGACGACGAGCUCACGUGUCCCGGAUCAAAGGAAAGGAACGUCGAGAAGGACAGCAGUGCGAACUAUUCCGUGUUGUAUGAAUACCUUACGGGAACCGGGGUGCAUAACUUUAGUGAAUCAGUGACCAUAGGAUUCUUGGGAGCGUAUCGGCAGGCUCAAGUGGUUUUGGGAGCGUUGCCGCUUGCUGUGGAGGCUGUAAACAAAGAUAAGGAUCUUCUGCCGGGCCGUCGAUUACGCUACGUGGCCGCCGACAUCGGGACGAACACUCCGGCAUCGGGACUCCCUCGCGGCAAAUCCCCCUUGGCCGCCCACGCAAUUAGGGUCAUGACCGAGAUGAGGGAUAAUGGCACUGUGGCGUUCAUCGGACCAGACGACACCUGUUCUUCGGAAGCGCUGGUAGCCGCCGCUUGGAAUCUGCCGAUGAUUUCCUACAGAUGCAGUGAUACCAGAGUUUCAGACAAAGGAAUCUUUUUCACCUUCGCCAGAACUUUACCACCAUCGAGUAAGGUUUCAAAAAGCGUUGUUGCUCUCCUUAGAGCCUUCGAUUGGCAUACAUUUGUCGUUGUUUCUGGAUCUCAUCCUGCUUCAGGAAGAGAAGUUCAAGAAGCCAUUGAGGAACAAUCUCUCAUUCAUGGACUUACCAUAACCGACACAAAGUUGUAUUCAGAUUACAUUCCGGAAUAUAUUGAACAAAUGGAUCUCAUUGUCGCUGAAACGUAUCAAAGAACUAGAGUGUACGUUUUCGUCGGCGAACACAUCGCCCUGAUCGAUUUCGUCAAAUGCCUCCAGAGAAGAAAACUUCUGGAGACCGGAGACUACGUUGUCAUUUCCGUUGAUGAUGAGAUAUACGAUCCCAACAGACGGAUAAAGUUGAUUCGCAGAGACUACUUGGAUCCUUUUUUGCAUUACGAAGGAUGGGGCAAUGCCAGCGACGUAAUGGGAUUUAGAUCGGUCCUGAAACUGACGCCAUCUCAUCCACGAAAUCCAAAUUUUAAAUACAUCUGCGAAAAAAUAAAGUCAUCGUCCGCCAAACCACCCUUCUGCGUUCCCUAUCACCAUAAAAUAUUUGACAGCAUUUCGGUACCAAUUCAAGCAGCUUAUUUGUAUGAUGCCGUCAUGAUAUAUGCCAGGGCUCUUACGGAGGUAUUCAAGAAUAACGAGGAUCCCAGAAACGGUACUGCCAUCCUGCACAGAAUUAUUAACAGAUCGUACCAUUCCAUUCAAGGAUACGAUGUUUUCAUCGACGAUAAUGGCGACGCAGAGGGAAAUUUUACUGUAGUUGCACUUCUCGACGACAAAGAGAUGAAUGGCACCAUCAGAAUGAGUAUGCAACCAGUUGGAUAUUUCCAGUACAAAUCUAACGGAAGUAACAAAAUGUCGGCACUUCCGGAGUUCAAAUAUUUUGAUCUUGACCGUCCCAUCCAAUGGGUUGGUGGAAAAUUACCAAGAGCAGAGCCAAAGUGUGGUUUUUACGGUGAAAAAUGUAUCUACAGAAUUGACUGGAAACUGAUAGCUAGCAUGAUUUUAGUAUCAACUAUCGUCAUAGUCGGAAUCCUGUUUGCAGUAAGGCAUUAUCGAUACGAACAAAAACUGGCGUGUUUACUCUGGAAGAUUGACAUGAAAGACGUUACUAUAAUCCCGACGGAAACUACCGAAAUCGAAAGCCAAAAUAUGAAAAUGAUUCGAGUAUGUAGACACAGCAUCUUCCAGCCUCCUACCUCCAGUAGCAUUGGGGAAGUAAGCGAUCAACCUGCCAAAAGAGCUCACACUACUAUCGGGAUAUAUAAAGGAAAUAUUGUUGCUAUUAAAUAUUUGCACAAAAGAUCGGUUGACUUAACGCGAUCUAUAAGAAAGGAGCUUAAACAGAUUCGUGAAGCCAGACACGAAAAUUUGAUUCCGUUUAUUGGAGCAUGUGUGGACCAUGGCAACGUAGCUAUCUUAACGGCAUAUUCAGCAAGAGGGAGUUUGGAAGAUGUCUUAAAGAAUAAAGAUUUGAAUUUGGACAAUAUGUUCGUUUCUUCGUUGGUGGCAGAUAUACUAAAGGGAAUGAUAUAUCUUCACGACAGCGAAAUCAUAUCACAUGGAAAUUUGAGAUCCAGUAAUUGCUUGAUUGACAGCCGAUGGGUUUUGCAAAUAUCCGACUUUGGCCUUCAUGAAUUUAAUGCAAACCAAGAUGAUCCAAAUUGGGAAGAAAAACAAUUAAGGCGCCAUAUUUACCGUGCUCCAGAAUUGCUGCGAAUGUCUGCACCACCUGCAAGAGGAUCACAGAAGGGAGAUGUGUAUUCUUUUGCUAUUUUACUGUACGAAAUAAUUGGUAGAGAAGGUCCUUGGGGAAAAAUAAAUUUAGAUCUACAUGAUAUAAUUAAAGGUUUAAAACGACAAGGACAGGAAGUACCUUUAAGACCACCUCUGGAUAAUCUAGGAUCUGCCGAUUACAUCGUUAAAUGUAUAAAGGCUUGUUGGCACGAGGAACCAGAACAACGACCAGAUAUUAGAUACGUUAGAGUCCGAUUAAAAGAAAUGCAAGCUGGUUUAAAACCCAAUAUAUUCGAUAAUAUGUUAGCCAUAAUGGAAAAAUACGCGUACAAUUUGGAGGGGCUAGUCCAAGAAAGAACAAAUCAAUUAACGGAAGAGAAGAAGAAGACAGAUGCACUUUUGCAUCGAAUGCUACCCAAGACUGUUGCUGAUUCUCUUAAAAAAGGAGAAAAGGUUGAAGCAGAAUCCUUCGAAUGUGUUACCAUAUAUUUUAGUGAUAUUGUAGGAUUUACAGAACUGUCAGCUGUCAGCACACCGCUUCAGGUUAUUGAUCUGCUGAAUGAUCUCUACACUUUAUUUGACUCAAUAAUAUCCCACUAUGAUGUAUACAAGGUAGAAACGAUAGGUGAUGCUUACAUGGUAGUCAGUGGUCUUCCUAUCAGAAACGGAGACCGACAUGCCGGAGAAAUUGCUUCCAUGGCUCUGCAUUUGCUCAGCAAAAUCAAGAAAUUCGAAAUUAAAUACAGACAAGGUGAAUUACUUCAACUUAGGAUAGGAAUACAUUCAGGGCACGUGGUUGCAGGUGUAGUUGGUUUAAAAAUGCCAAGAUACUGUCUAUUCGGUGACACAGUCAACACGGCCUCAAGGAUGGAAAGCUCCGGGGAUGCAUUCAGAAUACACAUAUCACAUGAUACUUUUAUGUUAUUGCAGCGAUUAGGAGGAUAUUGCUGUGAAGAAAGAGGUGUAAUUCCUAUUAAGGGUAAAGGUGAGAUGCAAACAUAUUGGUUGGUGGGCGAUGAUCCAGCUCAAAGAUUAGCUAGAAUUAGGGAAGAAAUUGUAGGUUCUACGUUAUACAGCAGCAUUAGUUCAGAAAGAUUGAGCAGUAAAACGCCGGACCUUUUGAGAAGAACGGGAGUCAAUCUGGAAAGCGAUUCUCAUCUUUUCGAAAAUUGCCAAUCUUGUCUAUCACAGGCUACAUGUCCGGUAGUUCAGCUUCAUCAGCGAGCAAGACGAGCAUUCAAUCCCGUCGAAAGUCAAGAAACCAUUGACGGUAGCUUCGAUAUGCUCUGCCCGGAAAUGUACAAGUACCACACAAGCAGGUUGAACUACACCUGCGUCCAUAGAAACCCCAGAUCCGCCCCGACCAUCACAUUUAUGGAGCACAACGAACAAUUCAUAUGAUUACCGUCCAAAAGGACGAAGAUCCAUCCAGUAUAAAUGUUACUUGUCAAUUAAUUCAAAUAUCUUUAUGUAAUUUCAAUGAAAUAUAUCUAUGUGUAAUACUCAGAGAUAAGCGAUCUAUGAUGCACGUUUUUUUUAUAUUGUACAAGCCUUUUACUUAUUUGUCUGGGGAAGCAAAGUCAGAUUUGCAACUCUUCCCUAUUUUGCUAGAUGACGUGUAUGUCGUUGUUGAAUUUCUAUUUGCACCUGCUCUCUUGGUGCAACAAAGCCAGAUUGUCGGUUGUGCAUGAUACAACGUUAGUAUGUAAUAGUAAAAUUAAUAAAAUUAUUAACUUUUUGGAGAAACAAUGAUAUAGUUGCUAAUUUUUGGAGAAACAAGGACAUAUUUGCUAAUUUUUUCCCCUUUCAGGCGGCUUUAAGAGGGGAUGUUUAAAAAAAAUCAUAAAAAAACACUUUAGGUAUAUAUUCGUGACCAGACAUCUCAUAACACGAGAGUUAGUAACCGGACAACUGGUAACGGACAAUUCGUAACAGCGACAGUUCGUAACUAUUCAAAUUCGUAACGGACAAUUCGUGACGUCAAAAUUGAAUUGUUCUGUUUAUUUUUGUUAACGUGGAAACUAUCUAUUAUUAUAGUUAUAAUUAAAACUAUGUUUAUUAAUUUAACGAAUCAGUACCGGGAUAAACAUGUUUAACACAUUUUAUGUUUCGUGUUUCAUAAAAUAUAUUAAAAGUUUUUAAACACAAACAAAUAUUUAAAUACAUACUACAAACUUUUAACAAUAUUUUUAAAUGUUUAUCCCUCUUAUUGUUCGUUAAAUUUGCAUAUACCUAGACAAAGGAAUAAUAAAUUAUUUCGUGAAAUAUUUAAGCCAACAACCGUUUUUAGACAUUCCCAAUUUUCUAGUUAACAUUUUGUAAAGGAAAGAUUAUAUAUACCUGUUAUUAUAAUAAACCUUGUGAUUGGUUAUAGCGUUGGGGUAUUUAACCAACGGUUAUAGUUGAUACGAGGGAUGGCUGUUCAUACUUUAAUACUUGGUUUAAAUACUUUUAUUAUAUUCUGAAACACGAAAUAUGAAAUGCCUUAAAAAUGUUUAUCCUGAUACUGAUUAUUUAAAUUGAUAAACAUAAUUCCAUUUAUAAUUGUAAUAUCAUUUCGUUUCCACGUUAAUAAAAAUAAGCAGAAUAAUUCAAUGUUGACGUUACGAAUUGUCCGUUACGAAUUUGUGUAGUUACGAACUGUCGCCGUUACGAAGUGUCGCCGUUACGAACUGUCGCUUUUACGAGUUGUCCGUUACCAGUUGUCCGGUUACGAACUGUCGCGUUACGAGAUGUCAUUGAGCCGUAUAUUAUAGUAUAUACCUAUACGGUAAUAACUAAAACCGUGCAAAAUAAAUUUCUUCUUUUUCGCAUCUCAUUUUUGGCCUUAAUUAACUUUCAAAACUGUAAAUGCGUUUUCCCAACAAUUAAGAAAUUUGCACUUAAGUCAGUGUUUCUCCAAAUGUGCGACAUAAACAAUAGUUAAUCAAUAUUUUUUCCUAGUUCUCAGUUUAAUGAGCUGAGAAACUGGAAUUGAACAUUUUAAUACUUCACAAAUUGCGUCUACAAUUAACCUUUCAUCAUCCAGCCUUCUGCAAAGAUCAACAUAGACCUCCCCUAAUUUCUUCCAUUUCUGUCGGUUUUAAGCUUCCUGCAACCAAUUCCCAGCAACCCUUUUGGCGCCGUCUGUGUAUCGUGUAGAUGGUCUAGCUCUACUUCUUCUGUCUGUUUGUGAUCUCCACACUGUAAUUUUUGGGUCCACCUCCUGUCCUUCAUUCUGGCUACAUGACCCGCCCAAUUCCACUUUAGCCUUGCUAUUCCCUCUACGACAUCUGUGACGCAUGUCGUUCUGAUUUUCUCGUUUUUAACCCUGUUCUCUGAGAGUCAGUCCAAGUAGUGACCCUUCCAUUCUUCCUUGGGCCACUCCUAAGUUUGGUUGCUGCGGCCUGGGUUAACGAUAGUGUUUCGGCGCCGUAAGUCAUGACUGGAAGCAGGCAUUGGUCUAACAUUUUCCCUUUCAGAUAAUUUGGCACGUACCUUAACCACUAAUCCUUAAAUACCUUACCCAGGGACAUUAAUUCUUAAUUAAUAAUAAUAAACGGCACUUUUAUACUUUUCUGAAAACACUGCUGAACAAAAAAAAGUUCUUUGUUACUGUUCAUAUUUUUCAUUUUAUUCAUUUAUGAUUUGUAAACGAAAGAAUGUGCUGGAAUGAAGUUUACUGUUGGUGAAAAACUGUUGCUGCUGGUGAUAGUUUGGUUUAGAGUUCACUGAUUUGGGAAUACUGAUUAUAUUUUCGUUUUCUAUUGUUAUUUCGGGCCGUUAAUAUAUGUCAUAUUGCCAUUUCAUAUUUUUCAAUCAUUGGAAAUUCAUUGCAUAAAAUAUCAAUGUUUGGAUAAUUUUUAUUAUCUCCCCAGAUUUGGUCCUGGUAUACUUUUACCCUGGCUCCUGACGUCUCAUGCAGCGUUCCUAUUCUACUACCAUCACCUACCUCUUACCAUCCAUACAUGUAAUGGAUGAGGUCAAAUAACCUAUAUGGAGGUUGAGAUAGUCGACAUGGCUCUUGUUAUGACUAAAGUCGUAUGUAACAGCAAUAUGUAUUUUUAAUUUUUUUAUGUAUUCUUUCAUACGAAAAUGAGUACAAAUACUAAUAAUUUGUUUAAUUGGGUACAUCAUAAUUUACCAUAAUGUUUUAAAGAGGUAUUGUUGACUUUUGCAUAUUAAUUCUAACUUAAGGUUAAUAUACCUAUUUCGAUAGAAAGAAAUUGUAGAUCGCUUUCUCGAAAUGUAUGUUCUGUGGCUGUUGAAUAUUAUGAAAGUUCAAACUUAUCAAAUGUUAUUUAUUUUAAUAAAUGUAUAC